AUCCGGUAGGGUUCGCUAGUCGCGAGAAAACGAAACGAGAAAAUCAAAGUAAUGUACGAGAAACGAAUUUAAAUCGAAAUCUAUAUCCAUUUCUGUUCUUAAUAUCGAAGAGUUCCGAGUAUUUACAGGAUUGGAUUCAUUGAUAAGAAUGCAGUAAUUAAAGAGUGAGAUUGAAUGACAGUCAUAUACAUGCUCCAUUGAUUAUAAUUGAACAUGGCUGCUUAUGAAGAUCCUUCAGGAUCUCGUUCUCUUGAAUUAGCUGUUGAAUUAGCAACACUUGCAAUUUCUUGUGACAGUGAAAAUAAUAUUGAUGCUGCUAUUUACUAUUACCAGGAAGCUGCACAGUUACUGAAUGUUGCACAAUCACUGGGAUCAGCUGUGCCCAAUCUUAAUGAGAAAAAAAAUGAAUAUAUGAAGAGACUAGAAGAAUUAAAAAGGACAAAGUUUUCUUGUCAAAAUCAAUUGCAAACUAAGAAAAAUAAUCAGCAGUCAGAACUAGAACGUGCUGAAUUUCUCCUUCAUCAGGCGUUUGAUGAAGACGAAGCAGAUAAUAAUGAAGAAGCUGUAGAACUGUACUCUCAAGCUGUGGAACUUUGUUUAACAGCAGUAGCACACAGAAACCUUGUUGAGACUUACAGCAACCAUGCUCUGUCGGAAACAACAUGCAGAGAUUGGUUUAGACACUUCAAAAAUAAUGAUUUUGAUGUUGAAGAUAAAGAACAAUCUGGCGCACCAAAAAAGUUUGAAGACGAGGAAUUAGAGGCAUUACUUCAUGAAGACUCAUGUCAGACGCUAGCUGAACUUGCAGAAUCAUUAGGAGUUGAUCACACAACAGUUUCGAAACGUUUAAAAGGAUUAGGAAUGAUUCAAAAGCAAGGACAUUGGGUGCCGUACGAGUUGAAGCCGAGAGAUUUUUAUAGAGCCGAAGCAUUGAAAAAGAAAAUCUCGCCUACUGAAACAUUGUCCGUACAGUCUCCUAGAGUUCCUCGAGCCAUAAGUCCUGUUCAGAACAGAAGAGUAAUCCCUCCAUUAGGUAUUGGAAGCUUAUUUAAUGAUGAACCAAAACCAAAAAACAUAGAGCACAACAGAACAACAAAUAAAAAUCAACUUCAUAUUAGUGGAAGUCAAUCUUAUACAAAAGAAGAAUUAGAAGUUUUAAGAAUAACCUCAUUUAUUAAUGGUCGUGAAUAUGUACCUUUUAUGUCAAUUGAUUUAAAAGAAAAAUUUGCCUAUCCGUUACCUUUUACGGAUAAAGAUGGUAAGUUGGCACUUUCACCCAAACAGAAGACAUCGUUCAAAAGGUGGAUAAGACCGGAAGAUAUAUCUUCCGGUCCAAAAAUAAUUGAGCUGAUUGAUUGUUUUAGUAUUAAACAGACUCUUGUAUCUGAUUGUUCCUUUAUUGCUUCUCUAGCUGUUAGUGCUUUGUAUGAGAAACGUUUCAAAAGGAAAAUUAUCACUAGCAUUAUAUAUCCUCAGAAUAGAGCCGGAGAACCAGUUUAUAAUCCAUGUGGAAAAUAUAUGGUAAAACUUCACAUAAAUGGUGUACCACGAAAGAUAAUAAUUGACGAUUAUCUUCCGUCGACACAAAAUGGAGAAUUACUGUGUUCAUAUUCAAGUAAUUGCAACGAAUUUUGGGUUUCCCUCCUCGAAAAGGCAUACAUGAAAGUAAUGGGAGGAUAUGACUUUCCUGGGUCUAACUCUAACAUCGAUCUUCAUGCUUUAACUGGAUGGAUACCCGAACGAAUAGCAAUAAACACACAAGAUCCUGAUUUCAACAAGCAAAAUCUGUUCAAAAUGUUACACAGCCGUCAUUUGAAAGGAGACGUGCUACUGAGUGUUGCCACGGGUGAACUAAAUGAAGUUGAAGCCGAUAGAGCCGGUCUUGUACCCACUCAUGCCUAUGCCAUACUAGAUGUAAAAGAAGUAAUGGGAAAACAAUUAUUUCUAGUAAAAAAUCCCUGGAGCCAUCUUCGCUGGAAAGGAAAAUAUUCGGAACAUGACAGCGCAAGUUGGACGCUGCAGUUACGGGAGGCAUUGAAAUAUGAUCCAAAAAGUGCAAAGAUGUUUGACAAUGGUGUGUUUUGGAUAGAUUAUGAUUCUCUCCUUCACUUCUUCGAUGUCGUUUACUUAAAUUGGAAUCCUUCGCUAUUUAAAUAUACAUAUUGCAUUCACCAAUCCUGGAAAGCAGGAACAGGCCCUGCCAAAGAUUUAUACAGUGUUACUGACAAUCCCCAAUAUUCAUUAGAAGUAAAAUCACCUGGUUCGGCUGUAUGGAUAUUGCUUACUCGUCAUAUUACGGAUAGAGAUGAUUUUGCUGAUAAUAAAGAAUAUAUAACAGUAUUGGUAUAUAAAAAUAAUGGAAGAAAAGUAUAUUUCCCUUAUGAUCCUCCUCCUUUUAUUGAAGGUAUCAGAAUAAAUAGUCCACAUUAUUUAUGUAAAUUGGUAAUUCCUCAAAAUGGUGAUUCCAAGUAUACUCUUAUUAUUUCUCAAUAUGAGAAAUCAAAUACAAUCUAUUAUACUUUAAGGGUUUAUGCAACCUGUCCUUUCACCUUAAAUAAAAUAAAUAAUUAUUUUAAAUAUAAACAAGAGAUAAAAAAUGGUGAAUGGACGAGUGAGACUGCAGGAGGUUGUGGCAAUCAUCCCAACAGUUAUCACAGAAAUCCUAUCUAUCAAGUUUCUCUUCAGUCAAAUAAUGAUGAAAAUCAAUUAUUGAUUGAUUUGAAAGGACCAAAGCAAUAUCAAGUUGGAUUUGAUGUUGUGACAGUGAGUGUAAAUAAUACUAAUGCUUCAGGCUAUUUUAGUAGAAACUCUUCUGGUACAUUCAGAUCUGGUUUUACUAUCCUAGAACUAAAUGCUGUACCUGCUGGUACAUAUAAUAUUAUACCUUGCACAUACAUGCCUAAUCAGAAAGGUCCUUUCUUUUUGACCAUACAGUCAACGUGCCCAUUCAAAAUAUCUAAACUCCAAUGAUGAAAAUUGUUACAUAAUUGAAGAUUUGGUGCCUUUCAUAUUGUAUAUUAUGAAAGUAUUGUUAAACAUUUUUUAUAUAAGGAAUAUGAGAUGCAAUUACGACAUUGAAUCCUAAUUUAUUAUUUAUUUUAAAAUUCUUAAGGAUUUCUUUUUGUGAUCAAAUUUGAAAUUUUGUUAAAUUUGAGACUGAAUUAAAAAAAAUAUAUUUUUUAAAAUAAUGUAUAAAUAACUUCACUGCUUGAGAAUGCAAAUUAUAGUCACAUAUUUUUUUAUAAAUACAAAAAAAAAAUAGUAUACUUCAUAUAGUUUGUGAUUAUUACAACAAGUGUAUGAGGUAUUUGUUAAUUUUAUAUAGCAUCAUGUUACAAUGUACUACUAAUUCAAUUUUAUUGUAUUUAUAAAAACUGAUUCUUGUUAAUAACAGUGUUGUUAUAAUAAUCAUUUAUAGUGAAAUAAUAAAUGUUAUGAGUAAAUUUAAUAGCACAAUAGACAAUUUUAAGAUAAAGUUACCUGAAUGGAAUCACAAUAAUGCAAACUUCAUAGCUUAAACCACAAGUUGAGAUAUAUUGUCCAAUAAAAAUUUCCAGUUCUUCUCUACAUUCACAGAAAAUUUCUCUAUCACAAUAAAAGCCAUCAGUGUUGAAAAUAAUUAUUGAAUGUUA